CCAAACAUACAAGAAGAUGGACAACUAAAAACAGUUAUAACUCAGUAGACAAAGAUCAUGAAAUAAAUAGCAUGUAUAGAUAGAUGUAUGUCAUGUGAAGAACCUCAUUAAGGUCUUCGAGCAUGAUUUUCUAUUAAUGCCCCGUAAAAGCAUAAAGACAGAGAAGCCUCCACUGCUGUUCCUGGAGCGGCCUGUGGGUGGAGCCAGACUCAAAAAUGGCCUUGAAGUCAGAGCUGCACACAAUCCUAAAGCUUUUUUCUCAGAGACACAAGCACAUACGAGCUCAGAUUUGAAUUCUUGGGUAAACCCACAAUUUGACAGUUCAGUUGCAGCUGCACUCCCUGUGAGACGAGGGAGGAGAAAAUGCCACUCUGCCACAAGCAUUCUUGACGGUUGCAGUCAACUGUCCAGGAAAAACAGUGUGUGCAAAUUCCCCUCAUUAACGUUUGAGACAAGGUCAAGAAGAGACCAGCCUCAUCAACCAAAGCAUACACGCAGAAGGAAAGCUACAGAGUCUGCUGUCGUGCCCGAUGCAGGCAAUCAGCCACUGGGAUCCUGCCAGAUCACAAGUGGAGUUUCUAGUGCACAGUGCCUCGACACGCCAAAGAGACAGUCUGCCUCAAUCAGAAAAAGGAGUGCAGGGACAUAUUGUGAUGGUGCUGCCUCUUUAAGCAGAUGUUUGGAUAAGCCUCCACCCAUCCAAGUGACAGAGAAAUGCAGAAUUCGAGCAGAAGGUGCAUCAACACCUGCUUCCAAAGAGUUUAGCUCUGCUGAUGUCAGCACUGAAGUCUUUCUGCCACCUGAUGUGGACACUCCAAAAGCAAUACAAGAAGAGAGUAGCUGUCCCUCCUCCCCCUCCCCCGCUCUACAUUUGCUACUGGCUCGGCCGUGUACACCACCACAUAAUCAGCCGCCUGACAUUUUGGUGGCUGACACACCAGAGAGGGACUAUGGGGUGAAGGUGACAUGGAGGAGAAGGAAAGGUUUGAUGUUGUUGUCAAUAGAGAGAGGUCAUCUCUCCAAUUCGGAUGCACUAAUUCCAAGCUGAUGUCAUUAAAAAGAGGAUCAGGCAACAACCUCAUCAAAGAGGGGACAUUAAAUAUUCCCAGAAACACUUCUGUUACCAGAAUCCUUUCUAUGAACUAUCUUACGUGAUGUUCAAUUUUCAGUUCAAUGAAAGUUUACUUCUUUUUAGCUUGGCUGAACGUCUGAAUGGUUAGUCAAGGAUGGCAUGUAAUGACUCUCCCACCCACCCCCUCCAUACAAAUCUGGAAGUAAAGAUGGCAGGAUUAUGUAUGUCCAAUUAAAUAAUUCAUCAAUUAAACUUGCAGUUGAAUAUUUGUUUAGACAGAUUUUAGUGAUACUGUAUAUAGAUGAAGUUGCAAUUCACACACAAUCUUUCAAUCCUCAGUCCAGUACUAACCUUUUACAGCAAAAGCUUAUUGUUUAAUAUUCAUAUACUUGUGCAUUUUAAUGGUAGAUGAAUACAAAGCUGUGUCUAUGUGUAUUAUAACAGAUAUACAAGCCCAAUAUAUAACUUUUGUCAAUAAUAUGAAAUCUUGUGUCACUGGUUUAACGCUAGAACUGCUGAAAGAUGGUUUGAUUGCUGCUGUAGGUGAUUGUGAGCAAUAUUGUGUGAUGUUAGAGCAUAUUUUGUAUUUCAAUUGUGGGUCA